UACCCAUCUCUACUUCUGUAAAACACAAAGUUUUUGCCAAUAACACAAUAAUUUGAAUUUAGUCUAUAAAGGGACUAAAUUUAAUAGAUUUUUUAGAUGCUCUAGAAACAACCAAAUCUCCUCCCCGAAAUGUCCGCCGCGAGCCCCAACUCUUGCGUGGAGACGCCCAAGGCGCCAGAAUGGCUAUCGAAGCUGGAAAGCCGUCGGGAGCAAUUGAAGCGCUCCAAAUUGGGACACGAAGCCGGGGCAGGAGCUCCCUGUGCCGAGUGCAAAGACAAAUGUCCUGGCCUAGAUCUUCACUUCUGGCGAAAAGUGUGUCGCAACUGCAAGUGCCCAAAGAAUCAGCAUGUGUGUCCAGACGACGAUGACGCCACCGGCUGGGCGCAGUUCGAGAUUCUUGGUCAGAUCAGGGCCAAACCAGCUUAUAUUAAAAUCAAAGCCCUGGCCAGUCAACCGGUGCAGCUGGAGUGGGUGCCACCAAAUGCUGCUCCCGAUGUGGUCACUGAAUACAUGGAAAAAUUAGGGACUGCCCAAAUACCCUUGGCUGGAAGUGAUGCCGCUUUAAAGAGGAAACAGCAACUUGAAAUGCAAGUACCGCCGCAUGAUCUAGACGCUGCAUUGUGCGAUGGUUUGACGGAAACUGAGGCCAUCCAGUUGCAGCAAUACGUCCAGAAAUUGAAAGAGCAAUGCGUCGGCCAGGGCGUGGUUGUGCGUCUAGGCGAUCGUCUUAAUCACGCACAAGUAGAGCACGUUACUCCCGUUUCGUUGCCUUCACAGGAGGCAGCGAAAACCUGGCAGUCUUUGGGAAUCUUGCCGGUGCCAGAUGAAACUCUUAGCGAACUGCUGUCCAAUCCAAAGUUAACCCAAGCUCUAGCAAGCCCAGCUAGUGCCCAGCCUAAACUACUUGUGGCUUUUUCAGAGCCUUUAUCCGAAUCAGCUCAAUUUGAGGAAAAUGGAGCUCUGCGGGCUCAGACUAAAGAAAAGCUUCUGGGAAUCAGCAAACCGGCUUUGCAGAGCCUUGUGAGUCACGGCGUUGUUUAUGACAAAGUUCUUGGAAUACUAAAGGAAAAAAAACUAAACAUCUCGAGGGAUCCCAAACUUGGUCCAAUUUCUGAAUUCCGCAAGGAAUACGUGAUCAAUCCGCAGUUUAGAGCCGAAAUAAAUUCCAUUUGCCCUCAGCUGCCUAUGACACCAACAAAAUCCUCUCCAGGCACACCUUUUAACUCCCCGUUGCCGUUAAAGAAUCCGGUGCAGAUCAGAUUUGGAGCACAGAUGCGCCAGGAUACCCCCAUGCGGCGCGUCAAGUUUGGCGGGGUCUCCACCAUAGUUUACGAUUGCGGAUUGCCCGUCAAUACGGACUACGAUCGUGAUCCAGUUUUUGCACAGAUCCUUCAAGCGGAGCCGCUGAAGCAGGCACUGCAGGAGGCCCGGUUGGGACGAGCUCCAUCCUCUGUAGUUAUUUCUAAUAUUCCAGCUCCUGUCGCAAGUCUUGCUGAACUCAAAGGCCUUACUCCAGCCACCAAGGCUCAUCUGCAAUCCGUUGGAAUUGACAAGAAUAUGCUGCAAUCCGCUGUAUCUAACGCACCGUAUUAUGACCGUCUGUUCCGUACGCUCCAGGACAAGGGUGUCUCUCACGAUCAUUGUCAGCUGCUGCAGCCACUUAAGCAAGUACACGACUGGUUGCUUGACGACGAUCAAUUGCUGGACGAGAUUGACAAGGUUUUCGCUGACAUGGCUAAUGGCUGUAAGGACAUUUCUUAUCCAAAGCCCACUCUUGGCGAACUGCCUACAUCGCAGAGUAAUGAUUCCGGCUUCCACUCCAAACCCUCAACACCGGGUUAUGGCAACGAGGAUCUAAGUGCUGGACAGGGCAGAUUCGCUAGCAUUCCAGGCAUUGAGGAUAUGAACAUGUAUCCAAGUUGCGCCGGCAUGCCGGAUCAGUUCCAGCAGCUACGUCUUCACGGGGACGAGGUUUCAGGCGUAGACCUUCAGCGAACGAUUUUAUGUGCCGACUGCAGAAAACCAAUUGCCUAUGGCGAAGUCGCCGUGAAGGCGGAUCGAGCUGGAAAAGAGAUUGCCUGGCAUCCCGGUUGCUUCAAGUGCAUCACUUGUCGGGAACUUUUGGCGGACUUGGUUUACUUCUUUCACCAAGGACAAGUUUUCUGCGGUCGCGAUUUGGCUAUCAAGUUGAAGAUCCCGCGGUGUCGAGCAUGUGAUGAGCUAAUAUUCACUAAGGAGUAUACGGCAGCAGAGGAGGCAACGUUCCACAUCAAGCACUUCUGUUGCUAUCAAUGCGAUGAGCCGCUGGCCGGACAGCAGUAUAUCGCCGAUGAGAAAUCAAAUAUGCCCUUAUGUUUACCAUGUUAUGACCGAUUAUUUGCCGUCUGCUGCCAACGCUGCAAGAUAGCAAUUGGGCCGGCGGAUCAGGGCGUAGCUUGGGGAGAAGUUCACUGGCAUGCCAACUGUUUUGUCUGCGCAGGAGUCCAGUGCUCUAAGCCGCUUAUAGGUGGACGUUUUUGCGUUAAGGAGAACAUGCCAUUUUGCAGUCCAACCUGCGUGCGCAGCUUGAUUAAAUAGGAGAGUUAAGGAACCACAACAGUAUUUCCAAACAUAUACACAAAGGAUCAAAGACAUGAUCAUCGAAUUUUUGAUGAUGCACACAAUAUUAAAUAACCAGCUAGUGAUCAAUAGAUGCCACAGACUCAAAGUGCCUAGAAUAGACUUGCAUUUACAAAGAAGCCCAGUCGCAAUUUUAAAUUCCAAUCAAAUUAGAAGCAACGGUAAUAUAAUUAUAGAGUGCUUCCAAAGUUUUCCAACCAAUCUUCAGUCUGAUUUUAACAAAUCCAUUAAUUUGAUUGGCAUACUAAAUACGAAUUAGGCUAAAAUAUUCACAGUUCCAACCACUUUUACAGUGCCAAUAGACCAAGUGCAGUAUAUACAAAUAUUUUACAUAUAUUAUUAUAUACACAGAUAUAUUUACGUAUUAUGUAUACAGGAAAAACGCACAAUUUUUAAAUAAAGAUUUUACUCGAAAUAUA